AUGGCGUCCAGCUGCACCUUUCACGGCAUCGUGGGCAUUCAAAAUGCCUCUCCGUGCUCACUCGGUAGGAAGCGCUUCUGGAAAAUGGACGGGUUUGUCCCUCUCGCUACAGACGGAGAGGACACUAGCAAUGCGAUGGAUCUUCCUGCGUCCGUCUUCACUUUUGGAGGUAGCACCGCGCCUACCGAGGACGGUGUUUACUUCAUCAAUGCUCGCCUGAUUACCACUACUGCAGGUGAUGAACCUGCACUCGAGCUGUACUGUGUUGAUCGAAUCCAGCCUUUGGAUAGUGCCUGUGCCCUUUCCUCAGUCCUCAUCGCUGGCAAAGUCUCGCGAGGCACUUCUGAACUUGCUGAGAGUCGGUCAUUUGACAUUGAUGUCAUGCAGUACGGUAUUAUGGCUCAGCAGCUGGCUCGCAUGCGUUCUAUCCUCCUGCUCAUCCUCGCCUCGAUCCGAUACGUCGUGUGCGUGCAUGUCAUCACUCUGGGUCCGUCCACCAAUGAUGUCGAAAACCGCCGUCAUCGAGAUGCCGCCGCGCCCACUCCACUGAAGAGCUUCAACUGGAGUGGCAAGGGCAAGAAAAAGCGGACGUCUCACACUGACUCUGACGCGGAAUCGGAAUCCACGCAUCAGAAGAAAGGCAAGAAGCGUCAGGUAAUCCCUGCAGAGGGGGCUAUGGAAGAGGCUGCUUACUCUAGCUCGCUAAAUUGGUAA